AUGUCGACUGCAGCAGCAACAAUCAAUACAGUAACCCGUUGGCUCACUUAUCUUCUUGCUAUACCGAUGAUUACCUUAGGUAUCAUUGGAGCAAUAUUAACCAUUAUUGUCUUUACAAGACAACAGUCGUUUCGUCGCAAUACAACUAUAACUUAUUUAUUAGCAGGCGCAAUCAUGACAGCAAUACAUCUUCCGUUCAUUUACUUACAGAAUAUACUUGUUGAUGGUUUUCAUCUAGGUGUAUUCAAUACAAAUGAUAUUGCUUGUCGAGAACGUAAUUAUUUAUUUUAUGUAACAACGGUAGCAGCUGUUUCAUAUCCGUGCUGGGCUGCAUUUGAUCAGUAUGCUGGCACAUGUCGUGAAGCGGCUUUUCGACAUCGUUGGAGUUCAAUGCGGGUUGUUCGAUUAGCUAUUGUCAGUACUGUAAUCUUCUGGGCAAUUGUCUAUUUCCCGAUGAUUUUUGUUAGCAGCAGUGUUAAUGGUGUUUGUAUUUUGAUAGAUGGUCCAUUCGCAAUAUUUUAUAAUUAUGUCUUAGCACCUAUAGUCUUCAUUGUCGGUCCAAUCACUUUAAUUACGGUUUUUACAUGGGGCACCCUUCGAAAUCUUCAUACAACUACUCUUGUCAAACAUAAUCAUCGUCUAGCAAAACAAGUUCGUCGUAUGCUUAUUCCUCAACUUUUUAUUUUGGCUUUAUUUGGAAUACCAUUUGGUAUUGACAAUAUGUACCAAAAUAUAACCCGUAAAGUACAGAAAGAUGCUAUUCGAUUAGCUAUCGAGCAUUUAUUUGAUCAAAUCACUCGUCUAUUUUAUCAUAUCAUUUUUGUAUCUACAUUUUACAUAUACUUGUACAUGUCAAGUGUUGUAAGAAAAGUUCUGAGGCGGUUGAUCACCAAGCAUUUCAAAAAUAAUGUUAUUAUACCGACAAAUAUUUCAUCUGACAGGCCUAUUACUCUUCAGACACUCAAGUCCAUAAAUUUUUCUCAAUAA